AUGCUCCGACGGAGCGCCUCGGUUGUAUUCCUUCAUUCCUAUGUUGCAUCUGUUCAACCAACCUUUUUUCAGUUCCUUCUUAACGUUUCUUAUUAUUCGAUUUAGAAAUAAGUGCAUGAACGUUGUUGGAAUUCACGGUUAUUAUUGGACAAUAAAACAACGAUUACGUUCAACGAAGUGUGAACCCAUUAAGGGGUUUAAACAGGAUAAUAAUUAACAAGUGUUAGUUUGUUUGCUGUGAUGUGCGUGAUUGUUAUUACAUUUUGUCCUAAUUAGGUGAACAAAAAAAGGAUUAUUGACUUUUCGAUUGGACUAACUACCGUAUCGAAUACGCGUGUGUACGUCGUCAAAAAAAAAAGUGUAGUAAACAUUAAUUUACGAAUUUGGGGAUUGUGGAAUACUAACAAAUGAUGGUUAACAUGGAGGGUUCUAAUGAACAACACACGGUGACGGCGGCAUCGCCACCACCACCACGAACUACCCUUAAAAGUAGUUUUAGUAUUCGUAGUAUAUUACCGGAAGCUUGUUCUGGAACAGCUUCCUCUGUACCGUCGGUCAGUCAAUCGAUUUCGUCCGAUGCAUCGCACGCCGACGAUAGUGACGAGUCCUGUGAUUUGGACGUAACAGGUGAUGGUACAGAAACUCCACCCCCAUUGGAUUGUUCGAGAAAUUCAAAUUCAACCAAUUCCACGGAUCAAGCCAAUCAUAAUGAAAAUCAUUCGCGUGAUAACAAUAACGAUGAUCAAACGAGCGAUGUUAAAAAAAAACCUGAAAAACCACCAUACAGUUACAACGCAUUGAUAAUGAUGGCCAUUCGUAAUAGUCAGGAUAAACGAUUAACCCUUAAUGGUAUUUACGAAUACAUUAUGAAGAAUUUUCCAUAUUACGAGAACAACAAACAGGGCUGGCAAAAUUCUAUAAGGCACAAUUUGUCGUUGAACAAAUGUUUCGUCAAAGUACCGAGACAUUACGACGAUCCUGGUAAGGGUAAUUAUUGGAUGUUGGAUCCAAGCUCGGACGAUGUUUUUAUCGGUGGUACGACAGGAAAAUUAAGAAGAAGAUCGUCCGCGGUAUCGAGAUCGAGAAUGGCUGCUUAUAAAAGAACCAUGUCCUUUAGUAAUUUGUAUCCAAGUCCGUAUGCACCAGCGGGUUGGCAUACCACCCUCUACACUUUUCCUUAUUUACAUCGUGCUAUGUAUCCAGCUGCAACUGCAGCUUACACCAACCCACCGGGUGGUUAUCCAGCGAGCCUUUUACCUGGCACGGCUUCGACAACCACCACAACUGGUCUACCUUGCAAACCUCAAGCUGUUCCAGCAACCGCCGCACCACCAGCACAUGGUUCUUUUUCCAUGGAAAGGUUACUGCAAAACUCGACUGGUUAUCCAACGAAUAUCUCUGCGAUAUCAAACAUCCCGGCUACCGGUCCUUAUGAUUUUUACACAGCACUGAGAUCGUUAACUCAACAUCAACAUCAUCCUAGCCAUGCUGUUUUUAGUCAACAACAACAAAGGUAUCAAGUCAAUCAACCUUCUGCAUUGAGUCAACCACCUUCCAAUACGGCGUCACCGGGUAGUAGUCCCGAACCAAUGUCCCCCCACUCGCCACCAGUUUCAAUUUGUUCUGGUAACACGAUGGUACAACAAACCAACAGGCAAAUUCCUCACUCUCCUCCUCAACUUUUACUAAAACCCAUUACAGUUCUAACCGGUAGACAAAGUUGAAUUUCUAAUAUUAUUUUUUUCCCCUUGUUGUUUUGUUUUAUUAUUAUUAUUUUAUUAGAACCCAAUUAAAUAAUUACAACUGAAUUAUUUCCCUUUUCAGUUAUAUUUUUUGACGAGACGUCGGUUUCUUUGAUGAUGUGAUUCAAACGAGAAAGUAAUUUACGAAAAGCAGAAAAACAGAAAAAAAGCAAUAGAAAAUGACCCGAUUCAUUUUGUUGAAUUCCAAUAGAAUAAUUAUUUACAGAAAACUCCA